CAAGUCGCCGCGUUGUAUUCUGGGAACACACAGUAGAUGCAAGAUGGCGGCGAGCAGGAGACUGCACAAGGAACUUGAAGAGAUUCGCAAGUCUGGAAUGAAAAACUUCCGAAACAUUCAAGUGGAUGAAUCCAACAUAUUGACCUGGCAAGGUCUUAUUGUCCCUGACAACGCUCCUUAUGACAAGGGAGCUUUCAGGAUUGAAUUAAUCUUCCCCGCCGAGUACCCCUUCAAGCCCCCCAAGAUCACGUUCAAGACGAAGAUCUACCACCCCAACAUCGACGAGAAGGGACAGGUGUGUCUGCCUGUCAUUAGCGCAGAGAACUGGAAACCAGCUACCAAAACUGACCAAGUAAUUCAAUCCCUGAUUGCAUUGGUGAACGACCCCCAGCCAGAGCACCCCCUGAGGGCAGACCUAGCAGAAGAAUACUCAAAGGACCGGAAAAAAUUCUUUAAGAACGCAGAAGAGUUUACAAAGAAACAUGGAGAAAAGAGACCAAUGGACUGAUUACCUGACCAGUGUGUAGCCCUCUCUCUCCUCCUCCCUUCUCUCUGUACCUUCCUCCUCUCUCUCCUCCUCCCUUCUCUCUGUACCUUCCUCCUCUCUCUCCUCCUCCCUUCUCUCUGUACCUUCCCCCUCUCUCUCCUCCUCCCUUCUCUCUGUACCUUCCCCCCCUCUCUCCCUUCUCUCUGUACCUUCCCCCUCUCUCUCCCUUCUCUCUGUA